ACUGAGCCUAAUCUCUCACGCUGAAAAGCUCCCACGAACCAUCCAGCGGGUAAAUCACCGCUCGCUACAUUGCGCCGCUAGUCGCUCCUGGGCUGGACGCGAAAGAAAGUGCUUCACGCGCAGUCAUGCCGCCACGCGAUAUAUGUUGACCGUCGCUUUGGGUUCGAUAGUCAGUUGCAAUCGAAACGCGUAUCGAAACGGACCGUGACAAGUGAAGAAUUAAGCCAAAAUGGUCGUACCAAUUCGGGAACUUCAAGAUGUGUUCGGGAACAAGAAGCGCAUCCGGAUAGAUACCAACAAGGACAAUCUGCAAAUCAUCGGAAACCAGAACAGGAUACUGAUCAAAUCAAAUGAAGGAACCUUGAACGUGGUUGGGAAUCUGAACAACGUGAAAGUUAUGCGAAAUAGUGGCAAAAUCAACUACAUCGGCAACGAAGGUUCGAUCUAUCUGAGUGACCAGAGCAAAUCGAUCAAAGUGAACUAUACCGGAAACAAUGCAAGGAUCCGGGUUUGUGACCAUGAACAACUAUUGGAUCGAUUUCGCUAAGAGUGGAACUAGGCAGCAAUUAUAAGGAACAAGAAAGACUGAUUCAAGACGAAUAACUGUGGAAAUAUGCAAAACAGAAGCACAAGUGUUACCUUAAUCGACGAAUAGCAUUAAUUAUAACAUGACUUGGCAAAAAUUCUAGUGAAUUUAUUUAUGAGUGAAUACCUGUUAAUACCGUUGGAGAAGAAAGAACCACCGACCAAAGCGACAUACGGAACUGUGAAUCCUAGCUAUCUGUAUGAAUCAUGUCCGCAUACAUAGUGACAAUUUUAGUAUUACCAAAUUGCCAGCUGGCGGUGACCUUGUGUUCGUCUAGACAUUACAGUAAGUCGUUGAACUAGCCCACGUGUGUUCAAGGCUCGCAUACGUACUUCGCUAUGGCGCGUUGUUUCGACGCAGUAACGAAAAAGACUGAUUAGUUCGUAUAUGAUUAUAUCUAAGUACCACCACUCGAAAUAUAGAAAAGCCUGUACACUUUGUCAAAAACAA